AUGUUGACGCGAUCGCCUCACUCCGAAGCUAUUGAAGUCAAGGAUGCCCGACUCUCGAAAGCUUCCCCGUUGUUACGUUUAGGACAGUUGGCCGAUCCGCGUAUCCAGCUGCUCCCCGAAGACCUUUUCGAGUUCUCACCUAGUUCACAUCCCGACGACUUACUCCCUCAUCUUGAAUACGAUGGAAACCUAGUCGAUGCCUUCCUGGAGUACCCUCUUGACAAGCACCGAUGUAUCGAUUCCAUUCAAGACGUAUGGGGCUUCAACGGUGAAUCGCCAGACAGCGAUUCUUGGUCUCUGCAGAGUACACCCAGCUUGAUGGCCUCGGGGUUAUCACCCUAUAGCGACGUUGACGACUUGUCUCCCCCUUGUACCCCAAACACGGGUACCCCGUUGCCAGACCUUUGUGACGGGCCAAAUGAUAUUAAUGAAGCUGCCCCGUCUUCAACACGCCCCCCGCCGUCAUCAUCUCCGCUCCUUUCAACCGUUCUCUUGCCUUCACUUUUCACCUCUCCAACAUGUUCGCAAGUCUCCCUCGAUCCUACAUCGACCACGUCCCUGCUAUUCUCUUCCAAUGACCCUGAAGCGGCGGCAUACGUGCAGAAUGACAUUCAGGAUGGGUAUGAGGCCCCUCAGCCUGUCAGUCUCAACUUUCACCCCUCGCAUGGACCACUUAGUUCUCUUUCCUGCGGACAGGGUUCCUUCUCUCCCCCGUGUUCAUACCCCAACUGCUCCUUACCUCCAGAAAUCUUGCUUAGUCCCGCAUCUGAAAGCGGACGGAGUAGCAACCGGAUGGAUAUGGAUCAUCCCUCUGACGAGCACGAAGAAAGCGGGUAUCGCUUUCCCUACAUUUCGCACCUGUCGUUGGUUAAGGCGGAGCGGGUUGAUGGUUACCUUCCAUCAAACGUUGUAACUAUGGGACAGUCCCGACGCCCAUUGAAGCGUCGUCGACCUAUCAACACCGUAGAAGCUCCCGUGUCGUCUAUGAACGAUGCUACGAUUUCUACGAAGAAAAGACGCAAGACAAACCAUACCAAUUCUCGACCACGUGCUUGUGCCGUCGCGUCUUCCACGAGCUACAUGGAAGAUGCUAUGGUGGGAGAUAUGCAAGGACAUCAGGCAGACUCCGCCACCGAUUCUCCAAUUCCCGGUCUUCCCUGUUUACCACUCAACGCAAGAAUGGGAGGUUCGGGGCGCCAACCACCCAAGAAGGCAAUGCAGACUGCGAGAGGACGUGUCUCCAAAAAGACGUCGCGUGUUCGAAAGGAAGAUGUCCCAUCCAAGAUGUCGCGAAAUCCAACAAGAGGCGGCAUAUCAGAUGAGUCUCGACGCACAACGAGUUCUCCUGCGACAUCCUCAAGUUUGGGAUCAUCCGCCUCUAGCUCAAGAGGAGACAUGGUUUUCAAAAUCGGGUCACUGAAUGUUUCCGCCGCGAGCCAGUUGCGCAGGACGCACAAAGAGGUGUUCCAAUGUAACUUUGCCGAGUGCCGCUCGACUUUCACAAAAAGACACAACCUAAAGAUUCAUACAGAGCGUCACAUGGGGGUUCUGUACUUCUGUCCGGGGUGUAAGCACCCCUACGCACAGGAAGCCUCCAUGAAUCGGCAUAAGAAGAACUGCAAUAAAUUUCAGCACGACCAUUAA